AUGGAGAGCAGAGGGAACACUUUGAUGGAGCGGUAUGAGAUGGGGAGACUGCUGGGGAAAGGCACGUUUGGCAAGGUGCACUAUGGAAGGAAUCUUGAGUCCAACCAGAGUGUUGCUAUCAAGAUGAUGGACAAGGACAAAGUGCUCAAGGUCGGGCUUUCUGAGCAGAUAAAGCGUGAGAUCACAACAAUGCGGUUAGUGGCGCAUAAGAACAUUGUUCAUCUUCAUGAGGUCAUGGCGACAAGAAACAAGAUAUAUAUUGUCAUGGAGUAUGUGAAAGGUGGUGAGCUCUUUGACAAGAUUGACAAGAGUGGCAAGCUCACAGAGGCUGCUGCACACAAAUACUUCCAGCAGCUCAUUAGUGCAGUGGAUCACUGCCACAGCCGAGGUGUCUAUCACCGGGACUUGAAGCCUGAGAACCUGCUGCUGGAUGAGAAUGAGAACCUCAAGGUGACAGAUUUUGGACUGAGCGCACUUUCAGAGUCAAAGAGGCAAGAUGGCCUGCUCCAUACUACCUGUGGAACACCGGCGUAUGUAGCUCCAGAGGUGAUCAGCAAGAUAGGCUAUGAUGGUGCAAAAUCAGACAUCUGGUCUUGUGGUGUUGUCCUGUUUGUUCUUGCUGCUGGCUAUCUCCCUUUCCAGGGCCCAAACUUGAUGGAGAUGUAUAGGAAGAUACAGCAUGGUGAUUUCAGGUGCCCCAGUUGGUUUUCACACAAACUCAAGAAGCUGUUGUACAAGAUCCUCGACCCCAACCCGAGCACAAGAAUUUCAAUUCAGAAGAUAAAAGAGUCUACCUGGUUCCGAAAGGGUCCUGGGGAGAUCCGCGCAGUAAAGGAGAAAAUUCUUAAUGAGAAUGCCACCACAAAUGCUGCCCCAGUGCUUGCUACUAGGCGUAAGAAGAUUGCUCACGAAGAUUUGAAGCCCCUGGCUGCCACAAACCUAAAUGCCUUUGAAAUUAUCUCAUUCUCAACAGGGUUGGACCUGUCUGGUCUAUUUAUCAAAAAGGAGUGCAGAAAGGAGACAAGGUUCACUUCAGAUAAGCCUGCCUUGGCCAUCAUCUCAAAGCUUGAAGAGGUUGCAAAAGCACUGAAUCUCAGGAUAAGGAAGAAGGAUAAUGGCAUUGUCAAGAUUCAAGGGAGGAGGGAGGGGAGGAAUGGUGUCCUUCAGUUUGACACGGAGAUCUUUGAAAUUACACCAUCCUACCAUCUCAUUGAGAUGAAACAAACAAGUGGUGAUUCAGUUGAGUACCAGAAACUGUUGGAAGAGGACAUCCGGCCAGGGCUGAAGGACAUAGUCUGGGCCUGGUAUGGAGAUGAUCUGCAGCAAAAGCAGGAGUAG